AUGCUACCUUUCUUUCUCAGCCCUGUCUCAUUAUAUGCCAUCUACGUACGCCGAUGUUUCGCCGCCUCCGGCCUCUCGCAACAAACCUUACAACUCGACAAUGAGACCACCCUCCACUUCUGGGGUCCCAACCCCAAAUUUUCUCAAGCCACCCAGAAAAAGCCUUCCCUGGUUCUAAUCCACGGCUUCGGCCCCGUCGCCAUGUGGCAGUGGAGGAACCAAGUCCAGUUCUUCUCCCCCCGCUUCAACGUCUACGUCCCCGACCUCGUCUUCUUCGGCGACUCCACCACCACGUCAGCAGAGAGAAGCGAGGUCUUUCAGGCGGCCUCCGUGGCGAAGCUGAUGGAGAAGGCGGGAGUGGAGAGGUUCAGUGUCAUUGGGACGAGCUACGGCGGGUUUGUGGCGUACCACGUGGCGAGGAUGUGGCCGGAGAGAGUGGAGAAGGUGGUGAUUGCCAGCUCCGGGGUUAACAUGAGAAGAGGAGAUAACGAGAAGUUGCUGAGGAGGGCAAAGUUGGAAAAGAUUGAACAUCUCAUGCUGCCUGCGACGGCUGUGCAGUUGCAGACGUUGAUCGGUCUCGCUAUGUCCCGGCGUGUUGACGUCAUACCUCGUUUUUUAUUGAAUGAUUUCGUGCAGAAAUUGUACUCAGAUAAAAGGAAGGAAAAGAUGGAGCUGCUAAAGGGACUCACACUUGGACGAGAUGACACAUUAAACCUAUCUCCUCUUCCUAACAAGGAGGUUUUGAUCGUAUGGGGAGAUAAAGACCAGAUCUUUCCUUUGGAGAUGGCUACCGAACUCAAGGAGCUUCUUGGACCCAAAACAAGACUGGAAGUGAUAAAGAACACAUCGCAUGUACCCCAAGUUGAAAAUCCCAUACAAUUCAACAACAUUGUAGAAAGCUUCUUGUGCGACGACUCCUGA